AAGUAAAGGUGAAAGUACAAGGAGAGGAUAUUGUACAGCUAAGUAUAGACCAUGACUAGUGAGUCUUGUGGAAUUUCUGGCCAAAACGUUGGCAAUAAUGUUCCGCUUACUGAAAAUCAUGAUGAUAGGUAUAGACAUGUAUCCAUGCAGACAGGCGAAGAGUUUUCAGAAGAGUUUCUUAUGAAAAGUUUGACACCAAGAAAAGCAAACAUAACAAGAGAUACAGACCAAAAUCAGCCAGUUAUAGGUAUUUCAAAUCCCGCUCAAAAUUGCCACGUUGUCUCUAAGGAGCUUCAUGACCUCCUUGGGAUAAAAAGAAGUGAUUCAGACUGUGGUGCCGAGUUUUCGGAUUAUUCUCCUAGGAUAGCAUAUGCACCGGAAGGUGACAAGAAGACUUAUUUUGACACAGCAAGCAGAUGUAACAGGGACUGUAGUGUCAGUGGACAACAACCAUCAAGAUUCUUCGAUGAGAGGAAUAGAGAUAUAGUAGCUCCUUGCACAACUGGUCGAGACAUUUAUGCAUCAGAGUCCCCUCAUUCACAUCAAGUCCGCAACCCUGAGGCAGGAGUUUCUGAGAGUUGUGGGGGUGGAAAGAUGAGAUUACUCUGCAGCUAUGGGGGUAGAAUCUUACCAAGGCCGAAUGAUGGGAAGCUUAGAUAUGUAGGUGGGGAGACGAGAAUUAUAUCAAUUAGGAAGAACCUAGCUUUCAACGAGCUUGUAAAAAAGACAAUAGCAAUUUGUAAUCAACCUCAUACAAUUAAGUAUCAGCUUCCUGAAGAAGAUCUUGAUGCACUUGUAUCCGUUUCAUCCGAUGAGGAUCUUCAGCACAUGAUUGAGGAAUAUCAUGACUUGGGAAAAAGUUCUCAAAGGCUACGGUUGUUUCUUGUGCCUUGUGCUGAUUCUGAGGUCUCUUGUUCCUUUGAAGGAAUGACAUUACAGCAAAGUGAAGCUGACUAUCAGUAUGUUGUUGCAGUAAACGGAAUGCUUGAGCCAGGUCAUCGUAGAAGCUCUAGCAGGGAGACCUUUGCAAACCAAGCAAGUCAAUUUGGAAACACUUUGGACUUUAGUCCUAUGUGCCAAAGAGAUUCCCCAACUUAUCUCCCAUUUGAGAACCAUCAUGGAGGUAAUUCAAUGAAUGUGAAGUUUCUGCUCCGAAAUCCCAGUUCUUCUUAUGUUAACAUAUCUCAGGUCCCCUCUACUUCAUAUGUUCAACCAUCUCCUUUAUCUCCAGCGACAUUUCAGAUCACUGAUCCUAACCGUUCCCAUGUCCUUUUAAAUGAUAACGUUGCAAGCAUUGACUUUCCUGAUGCCGGUAGUCCAUAUGUAGUAGAGGAACCACUAUAUGAAAAUUCCUAUCAUGUUGAUACGACAGGCUACUAUUAUAAUUGUCCACUCGAGACCACUCCAAGGACAAAUUACCCUAGUAAACAGUCUGUGUCUUCUGCACCGUUUGGUCAAACAGAGUUGGAUUCUAGGAGGCUAAUGUCAAACAAAAGGGAAAUGCAUAUAGAAAAGCUAAACUAUUCUCAAGAUAUAAGAAUGUCUCCUGGAUCUGAUAUUCAAGCUACAUCUGGCUACAGCAUGCAACAAGAUGCCAUUGAUCAAGCACAGUUGGUAGAGAGGCCCAAUUUAUCCAGAGAAGAUUCAACAAGCUCACCCCCUUCAGAUUUUCUACGAGAAAAAUCUCCAUCACUUGCAAUGUCUUGUUCAUCGCAAGAAUGGUCAACGAAAGAGCAUGAGGUGAGAGAUAAAAAUCAUCUAAUUUCCAAGAAGGAGAAUCAGCCAAAUAUAGAAGCCAGAGAACGCAACCAAGAGUAUGCUGAAUGGAGUCAAAGUACAACAAAUUGGAUAAAGAAGACAUGUCCUCCUUUCAACAAGUGCAGUAGAAGCUCUGAGGUUAAUGCAAGCAAUAUACCAACUGUUAAUGGCCUGGAACAUGAGUUGAAAUUGCCAAAAAUUAUAUGCUACUCGGAGCCGGAACUUAGUGUCUACACAUCAUCAUCAGAUCCCAAAAUCCAAGUGGAAAGACACACUUCUUCACCACCUAUCCCUCAAAAGAAUUCAACAGUCACUUCCAAACAGCACCACAUAGAUGACGAUAUAAUUCACAUAACAGCACCUUAUACUCAAGACCUCCAAAACAUACAAUCUGUGCCAUUUCCAUCUGAGGAGUCUAUUUUUUAUUUGGAUUGGAGAAAUCCCCUGACUGGUGAUAUAUCAAUUCCAAAUUCAGCUGCAGAUGUGGCUUACACUCAUGAGGUCUCUUUCCAUCAGAAACUUGUGGAUGGUCCUCAUAAGUCUGCAGAAAAAGAAACUGCUGAUAGAGUUGCUUAUGAAAAGACAGCAUCUGGAAAUGUUUCGUUUCUCCAUUUGCAGCAGUCAGAUGAUUCAUAUGACAGAAAAUUACGAGAAAUUGCUGUUAUUGUGGAAGAUGUAACCGAUAGUGUGCCUCCUGAUAUACCCUUAUCUUCAACAAUAGUUCCACAUGUGGAAGAUGAACCUAGUGAUGGGCUUCCAUCUGCUGAAGAAGAAACCAACAUCGAGAAUGUUCUUGAAGAAUCUGAUCAUGAGGAUGACAGAAAUGGUUCUAAUGGAAAGGAAGAAUCUGUCUCUGAUUCUGCGAUCAUUGAAAAGGAGGCUGGGAUCUAUGGCUUACAGAUCAUAAAAAACAGUGAUCUUGAAGAGCUACAAGAAUUGGGAUCUGGAACAUAUGGAACAGUUUAUUAUGGGAAGUGGAGGGGAACAGAUGUUGCUAUCAAGAGAAUAAAACAAAGUUGUUUUGCUGGGAGUUCAUCUGAGCAAGAACGUCUGAUCAAAGAAUUCUGGAGAGAGGCUAAGAUUCUCUCUAAACUACACCAUCCAAAUAUAGUGGCACUCUAUGGGGUGGUUCCAAAUGGACCUGGUGGAACAGUGGCUACAGUUACUGAAUAUAUGGUCAAUGGGUCUCUAAGGAAUGUCCUGGCUAGGAAGGACCGUUCUUGCAGAGCGCUUGAUCGGCGAAAAAAACUUAUGCUUGCAUUAGAUGCUGCUUUUGGCAUGGAGUACCUGCAUUUGAAAAAUAUUGUUCAUUUCGAUUUGAAAUGUGAAAACUUGCUGGUCAACUUGGGAGAUCCACAUCGUCCUGUGUGCAAGGUUGGUGAUUUUGGGUUAUCACGGAUUAAGAGAAAUACCCUUGUUUCGGGUGGUGUUAGAGGAACACUUCCAUGGAUGGCCCCGGAGCUAUUGAAUGGAAACAGCAGUCGGGUUUCAGAAAAGGUUGAUGUGUUUUCGUUUGGCAUCACAAUGUGGGAGAUCUUGACAGGAGAGGAGCCUUAUGCAAACCUGCACUGUGGUGCUAUUAUUGGUGGAAUUGUAAAUAACACACUCAGACCUCCCGUCCCUCAACGUUGUGAUCCUGAAUGGGGAAAACUGAUGGAAGAGUGCUGGUCGCCUGAUUCAGAAGCAAGACCGUCAUUUACAGAGAUAACAAACAGACUUCGCGCUAUGUCACAAGCGCUCCAGCCAAAGACUCGAGUAAGGACAUGAAAUUGUACAGUCAAUGCUUGUGUAAAGAAAAGUUUUAUAGGAAAGAAAAAAAGUAUAGUCAUUGUCCUUUCUGUUAAAACUUCCAGCUUCCUGUGUGUGUAAAUGAUGAAAUAGCACAUCAUUUUGAACAUUGGAUGCAUAAUUGAUAUACAAGAU